AUGGUGCAGUUCGUGUCGUGGUCGUGCUUUACGACGGGUAUCAUCCUGCAAGCCGACUUCUUGUUGUCGAUCGUAGUUGUGGAAGUCGAACUAUUCGUGGGUGUUAUGGGGGUCGCAGGCGUCCUUUGUGUGGCGUCCCAAGUCGGCAUGAUCGUCAGCUUGUUCGUGUACCAGCCAACGACUACAACCACUACAACGACGACGCAUCGAUGGCAUUUCUUGGCAUUGUAUCACAUGGAAGGGUUGUUUCCGACUCUGAUGAUCAACUUGCCGCCGCUGGCAUUCACGCCGUACGCGCUGCCUUGGAUGUUCGUUCCAUCGUUCACAUGGACAGACGUUGGCAUCUACUUUGUCGUGCAUAAAACUUCCAGUGGGGCCACCAGCCCGCCUCUCUACGUGGCACUUCCGCUCGUGUUUUCGACGCUGCCUUUGGUUUCAGUUGUCGUCCACGCGUACGUUGACCACCCCGCCGCCGCCGCGACCGUGGGGUUUGCAAUCCCUUGGUAUGUUUACACGUACAAAACCAUGAACGGCAUGCCGGCGCAAACGGGAAGCCGACAGGAUAAAUCCCUCCAGAAAGCGUACAGCGCCGUGAUAGAGGCCACGGCGCGGUACUUUUCCCUGCACUUGGUGCGCACGGAACCCCUAAGUCCGUCCCACACGUACAUCUUUGGGUUCCAUCCCCACGGGAUCAUCCCCAUGACGGUGAUGUGGCUCCAAUUCACUGACCAGUGGCGGGCGCUGUUUCCAAACGUGUUUGCGUGUCCGUUGAGCGCGAGUGUGGUGCACUACUUCCCCGGUAUCCGCGACGUCAUCCAGUCUAUUUUUGCCGUGCCGGGGGGCCAGGCGGAGCUGGUGGCAUCGCAGUCCCGGCAGCGCCAGGUGCACGUGUUCACCGGCCACAAGGGGCUUGUUCGGAUGGCCUUGGAGCAUGGCGAGUCCUUGGUUCCGGUGCUCAGCUUCAAAGACUACGUCCGGUGGCCCGUCGCACACCGUACCCGUUCAUGUCGAUGGUGGUUGAGGACGCCAUUCCGGGACUGGAGUGGUCUCGACCCGCCGCCGACAAGAAACGUCAGCAAAAUUUGCAUUUAAUUUCAUUUUUUUCGUAUAUGGUUACACUGCCGGUAGCGAAUACUAGAGAUAGAUAGUUAUGACAUUUACAGCCUCAAGCAACCCCCGCAAUACAUACAACUUUUAUUUGCGUUACAGUAGUUGUCUUCAUCGUGAGACUAGCACAUCGUCAUAAAGCACUUGGACACCAACAUGGAGCAUGCGACGGAGCUGUAGUAGAUCAUC